AUGGAUAGUGGUGAUAUUACUGGGGAAACUAAUGAAGAACUCAGCAAUCUUGCCUCUCUUGAUGUGAAUUUGGUUCAGCAGGAGGAUUUGGAAAAGGAUCUAAAUGCAAAGUUGACAAGAACCAUUGCUCACAAUGAAGAUGAGGUGGAUCAAAAGCGAUUAGCGAAAGCUGAGAAGAAGUUAGGGGUCUAUUAUGGUAAACUAGACGCUCUUAAAAACAGAAUCCAAAACCCAUACACUAAAAUCUCUGAAAAAAAUUACAUGCAGAAACAAAUCAAAGAUAUGGAGAUGAGAGAAAUAGCGGAUAUAACAAAUGACAUAAAUGAUAUCAAGGCAAGAAUUCAGCAAAGAAAAGAAGAAAUCAGGGGACUAGACGAUAAUACUGAUGUUUUAGGACAUUCACAUGAAGGGCGAAUGGCCAAUGAAACUGAAAAAGACUAUUUAGUGAGAACUGGGAAGAUCACCGCGUUUGGUAACUCAAGCUCGUUUCAUUUUGGAACAACAGAAUCCCCAGAAAUAGUUACAUCAACAGUAUCAAAAUCUUCUAUUCAAGAGCAAGAAUCUGAUGAAAACAAAAGGAAUCAUGAUUUGGUUAAUUCUAAUGUUCAUGAUGGUAUGGAUGAGGAUGAAUAUAUUGCUUCGGAGGAAAUAGAAGACGAGGAGGAACAAGGCGACGAUUCAGACUUUGAACUUUCGGAUGUUGAGAUGGCCUCUUCAAGAAAACGCAAACGAGGUAAACUCAUUAGCAAAAAGCAGGAAAUGGAGGAGGAGGAGGAGGAGGAGGAGGAGGAAGAAGAAGAAGAAGAAGGUCUACCUAACCUUGAUGAUGGUGACGAUAGUCAUUAUAAAAAAAGAAUCAGUAAAUGGGUUGAUAAUCGUUCCAAUUAUAGAAAAUCAAAAGGUGUAGAAAAUAGGUACAAUGAAGAAGAGUGGUUUUUGCCAAAUCUUGAUUACAAAGAUGCUGUUCUCAACGAAAAUUUCAAGGUGCCUGGUGAGCUUUUCCGAAGACUCUUUGAUUAUCAAAAGACUUGUGUCCAGUGGCUUUGGGAACUUUAUUCACAGAAAGUCGGGGGCAUUAUUGGUGAUGAGAUGGGUUUAGGCAAAACAAUUCAGAUAAUUUCCUUUUUGGCAGCCUUGCAUUAUAGUAAAAGGAUCAAUAGACCAAUUUUGAUUGUUUGCCCUUCAACAGUAAUGAAGCAAUGGGUCAAUGAGUUCCAUAGCUGGUGGGCUCCUUUCAGAGUGUCAAUCUUGCACUCUAUUGGUUCAGGUAUGCAGCCUAGAAAGAAAAAAGAUAUUGACAGUGAAUUAUAUGAACUUAUAGAAGAAGAUGAUGAAGAUAAAAAGAUCAAGAAAUCUUUGUCUUCGAAGAAGCUGCGCGCUUUGACAAAAAAUUUACUUGAAAAGGCAUUCAACUCAAAUGAUCCUGGACGUCAAGUUAUUGUCACAACAUUCGCUGGCUUAAAAAUAUAUUCCGAAUUAUUAUUAAAAAAGAUGUGGGGGUACGCGGUACUUGAUGAAGGUCACAAAAUCCGUAAUCCCAAUGCUGAAGUAUCAUUAUGCGCUAAAAGAUUAAGAACGCCUCACAGAAUUAUUUUAUCGGGGACUCCUAUCCAAAACAACCUUACGGAGCUUUGGAGUUUAUUUGACUUUGUUUAUCCCGGCAAGUUGGGCACCUUGCCUGUAUUUCAACAGGAAUUUGUCGUUCCCAUCAAUAUGGGUGGCUAUGCAAACGCAUCGAAUGUUCAAGUCCAAACCUCUUUAAAAUGUGCAGUGGCAUUAAAGAACAUGAUAAGUCCUUAUUUGCUUAGAAGAUUGAAAGUGGAUGUCGCUAAAGACUUGCCUAAAAAAACGGAAAUGGUGUUGUUUUGUAAAUUGACGAAAUACCAGCAAGACAAGUACCUUAAUUUCCUAAAAUCUUCUACUGCAGAAUCUAUUUUGAAUGGCAGAAAAAAUGCUUUAUAUGGCAUUGAUAUAAUGAAGAAAAUAUGUAAUCAUCCCGAUCUUUUGCUACUCAAUGAAAAAUAUUUUAAAGGUAAAGCGGAAGAAGUUAUUGGUGGUGAUGAUAAUUAUUCUGAUGAUAACAAUUCAUCGCAUGAAGUAAUCAAAAAGUCUUUUGGUGAUCCUGCUUAUUCGGGUAAAAUGCAAGUUUUAAAGACUUUAGUUACUCUUUGGAAAUCUGAAGGACAUAAAAUUUUAUUAUUCACCCAAACCAAACAAAUGUUGAAUAUUUUAGAGACUUUUAUUCAAAGAUUGGGCACCGGUGAUGAUGUAAUAAACUAUUUGCGUAUGGAUGGAUCAACUCCGAUAAAGGCUAGACAGGAGUUGAUGGAUAGGUUCAACCAUGAUCCCACAAUUCAUAUUUUUCUAUUAACUACCAGAGUUGGCGGCUUAGGUGUUAAUUUGACUGGGUCCGAUAGAGUGAUUAUUUUUGAUCCAGAUUGGAAUCCUUCUACUGAUAUCCAAGCUAGAGAGCGGUCUUGGAGAUUGGGGCAAAAGAAGGACGUGACAAUUUACAGAUUGAUGACAAAAGGUACCAUUGAAGAAAAAAUUUACCAAAGACAGAUUUUCAAACAAUUUUUAAGUAACAAGGUGUUGAAAGACCCUAAUCAGCGCAGAGUUUUUAAGAUGAACGAACUUAAUGAUUUGUUUACUUAUGGUAAUGAGGAUGAUGAUGAAAAUGGUGAUGAAUAUUACAAGAAUCCAAAACUUAAUAAUAGGUUGGAACCAAAAAAAACUAGUACUGAUGAUUUCACGAAAGUUGCAAAAAUCACUGGUGUGGCGAAGCUAGAAAAAUUUAACACUGGUGAAGGUCAAAUCGAAUACGACAAUAAAAGUCGGUCUACCGGGAAAAAGAAACGGAAACCAGUGGACGAGGACAGAAUUCUUGGUAGCCUUUUAGAAGGUUCUGGUAUCAAAGCGAGUAUUCAAACCGAUGACGUGGAGGCAUCUGCAAUGGGCGCUAGUGAUUCAAUCAUUCAGAAAGAAGCAGAGAAAAUCGCUAAUGAUGCAGUUGAGUCGCUCGUAAAAUCUAAAAAACUUGCGAGGAAAAAUAAGAUUGGAGUGCCAACUUGGACUGGAAGAUUUGGGAGUGCCGGUAAAGUUGUGAAAGCUAGAUCGGUCACGACAAGAGGAGUGAGGCUCGCUGGCAAUUCCAAACUUGGUAAAAAUGGUUUUACUAAUGAAUUUUCUUCGGCCUCCAUUAUGAAAAAAUUGAGUGAACUCAAGCCUGAGCAACCAAUUGAAGUGGUGAAUUCAUCACCUGAGAUGAAACCCCCAAUUGAUUCCAGCUUACCGUUUACGUCUUCGAUUUUGGAAAAUAAAGAGAAAAUUGUAGAAAGAGUGAGAAUGAUUCUCAUUGGUAAAGACGGCUAUUUUGCGAAGUCUAAAGAGCUUAUUGGUGAGUUAAAACUCAACUUAACUAAUGAUUCCGACAUCAGAUUGGUGAGGUCGAUCUUAAGACAGAUUGCCGAUUGGGAUAAAACCAGAGCAGGUUGGAUUUUAAAGGAGGACUUUAGAAUCUUGUGA